AUGAAGUACUACGAGAAUCUAGCCGAGAUGUACGUCGGAAGUGACAUAUCACCUGACUUCUACGGAUGGGUGUAUCCGAAAUCAGACCACGUGGACGUCGGAACAGGAACCUUGAGACAUAAACCAGACAUUGAAAAACUCCAGCUCGCCACGCGCCUCCGUGUGGGUGAAAAGAUUCAAGGAGGAAAGAUCAUACGUGUGGAAGCUCACCCCAUGCCACAACACCCUCGACCGAGGAGAGUGGUGGAGAGGGUAGCGUUGGUAGGAGACGCCGCCGGGUAUGUUAUGAAAGGCUCCGGUGAAGGGAUAUAUUUUGAAGCAAAAAGCGGGCGGAUGUGUGCGGAGGCGAUAGUGGAGGGAUCGGAGAACGGGAGGAGGAUGGUGAAUGAGAGAGAUUUGAGGAGGUAUCUGGAGAAAUGGGAUACAAAAUAUGGGCCGACGUUUAAGAAGAUGGAUAUGGUGGAUAAGGUGUUUUAUAGGUCGAAUAUGGGGAAGGAGGUUGUAGUGGAGUUGUUUCGGCAUGAAUAUGCGCAGAAGAUGAUAUUGGAGAGCUAUUUGUACAAGACGGUGGCCGCUGUGAAUCCUUUGGAGCGGUUGAAGUUCGCCGUGAGUUCAAUUGGGAGCCUGGUAAGGGCUAAUAAUUAA